UAUGUUUCUAGAGUUUGGUCUUCCAACUAAAAGAUUGCUCUAUCAGAUGUUGAAGAGCUUCAGUACAUAAGUGACUGUUAUUUUUUUACGAGCGAAAUCGAGAUCAUAAUGACCAGCACACAUGUUUCACGAACGAAACAGCAUACAGCUCUACGAUUUGGAGUUUUGGACAAUUGGAAAAUAAUUCAAAACACGAUUCAUCACAUUAAAAUAUCACAUUUUGGAAGCAUCCAAUUAUUGUAAACUAUUGCAAAAAUAGCACUUUGGUCCACGAUCAGGAUAUCGUUAAAAUUCCCGCCUGAUGCUACAGCCAAUCAAAUUACGGGAAAUCAAAAGAUACAAUUUUGCCUUUGACGUGGACUCAUCAAAACCUUUAUUUACUGACAUCGAAUAAUUUUGGGAAAAUUAUUACUAAUCGACAUGACAUCUCCAUUUGAUGAAGCUUGAAAAUCUCCUGAUUCGGAGGAUGAAAAAGAAUACGAAGAUUGUACUUAUUGCCGUGGUUUGUAUUAUCCUUGUUGGUUUGUAUUUUGAUUAUGAUGCGACAAACACAUUGUCUUCUACAGAUGAAAAAAGUGUCAUUUUUAAUUAUGAUGAACAAGACGAGCUUUAUCAACCAAACCAAAUCACUCCACUCGAGCAGCCUGCCUUUACAAAUAAUGACGAAGAAAACGGGUCACCUUUAAGAAAGGAACCAUUGCCAACUGUAUUUGAUGAAGAGGUUUACGAAGCAAGCGAAAUUAGGCGGCAAGCUGUUGAGAAAGUGUGUAAAAGAAAUAAGGGAGAAAUCGUUGAUCUUUUACAACCUGUUGAUCCUAAAAGUCAAAUAAAAAUGGACAUGCAAAGGCGAAGCGUUCUUCGCCAUAUCAUCGUGAAUGAUGAACACAAAAUUUUGUACUGUUAUAUCCCCAAAGUUGGCUGCUCGAAUAUCAAAAGAAUAUUUUUGGUGAUGCAGGGUCUCUUUUCACGUAUUGAGAAAGUAGACGGAGAUAGUAUGCGUAAAACUACACGCUUAGAUGACAAAAGUAUAGCAUGCAGCAGAGAGAAUAUGCUGAAGAAUUACUUCAAAUUUUUAAUAGUACGCGAUCCGUUUGAGCGACUUGUGUCGGCCUAUCGCAACAAAUGGCAAAAUAAGGCAAAUACUUACUUGCACAGAACAUUGGGCAAACAAAUUGUUGAGAAAUACCGUUUUAACUACAAUAGGGAAGUGGAAACAGGUGAUGACGUCACUUUCUUGGAGUACUCACGCUUUCUGAUUGAUUCUGAACCUUGGCGAGUUAAUGAACAUUGGAUGACAUACGAACGCCUGUGCAGGCCGUGCGAAGUUAAUUAUGAUUUCAUUGGCUCUAUAGAAACUAUAGACCGUGACGUAAGUCACGUGAUGAAACAGGUACAAGCGAACGAAACGAAGUAUUACAUGAUACGAAUGAAGGGCAAACCACUGGUCAAGUCAAAGAGCAGCACAGCUGCCUUUCUAAAAGAGUUACCGCGUUCUUAUUUCGAGCUAUUGUUGGCUAUAUAUAAACGAGAUCACGAGUUGUUUGGUUUUAAAGUUCCUGAAUACAACUCAUUAGAUGAACGCUACCCAACAUGAUGGUGGUUUAAAAUGUUUACAUUAAAACAUACGUGUUUUUUUGCGAUAAAAA